AUGGGGACAGUCCUUUCCGAGUCUGCUAGUUACGCUGUUUCCUUCGCCCCUCGCCGCCGACGUUUCUCCCUUACUCGUCCCCGCCGGCGCCUCGCGUUCGCCAUAUCAGCAACGCACUCUUUCCUCGUCAGCACAGCCCUGUACCUGCUGACUGCGACACUUGCCGCUUCCGUAUUAGCCGUACGAACCACCGCGUCGGACUUACACUCGCCAAUCAAAGCCCCGCCGCCGUGGGACGCGCUGUUCAACGAAAGCGUGUCUCCGUGGGAUGACAGCUGGAACCCCUCUGGGGCGGGGCGGGGGACCUCUGAGUCGCGGCGAGUGUUGCGGCGAACGCCGACGUGCCAGACGACGACGAUGGCGGGCUACUCCAACAUGGUCGACCUGUCGGGUAACGGCUACAUGCUGCAUUGGACCAUCACGUCACGCGACGCCCUCAAGCUGGCCGUGGAAGAGCGCAGCAGCACGGGCGCGGGCGCCGGCGGGUGGCUCAUGCUGGCGUGGGCGCGCAAGGGGCAGCCCUUCCCCAGCGACGCCAUCUUCGGGAAUCUCUUUGGGCGGCGUACCGUGGCAGCAUUCACCAUCAGCGGGCCAGGGGCGGCAGGGGCGCAGCCGGCGUCGUUCACCCUGGGGCGGACGGCAUUCCGCACGACCUUCAAUGGUGCCGUUAUGAAGUUCUCGCGCCAGAGGGCGGACGGGGCGGUGCCAGUGAGCUACUACGGCAGGAACCGCCUGCUGUGGGCCUUCACCACCGACUCCUCCGCCAACCCCACCCUGCCGCCCUUCUACCGUCAGGUGCAAGCCAUGCCACGCCGGGUCGUACACCCUGCAAGGUCAAGCUUACCCGCCUUCAUCUCCCAUCCGCCCAUCCUCUCAACCGCCCCCGCCCAACUGCCCUGUCCCCCCCAGGUUCAUGCUGCACUGCACUGGAAGCUACUCACCACCAGCAGCGCCGCCUUCUGCCUGCAGGCCAAGCCAGGCACGGGAGCAGCAGCCUCUUGCAAACUCCGUCGUCUCUCAUCCUCCCCUCCUCUUCCCCUCCCUGCACCCGCCCUCCCCGUCCCCCCCAGGCUCAUGCUGCACUGGAAGCUCCUCACCACCACCAGCGCGUCCUUCUGCCUGCAGGCCAAGGCGGGCACUGCAGCAGCGGGGGGUGGGUGGGUGUCAGUGGCAUGGUCAAGGGGCGGCGCCAUGGUCCCUGCUGAUGCGGUCGUAGGGGCCCCUGGGGGUGCCGCCAGGACGUUCGCCAUUACGAGCUACAGCUCCGUGGAUCCCACCACUCGGUUUAGCAUCACGGGAGGGUCCGUGAACUCGGGCUUCAAUGGCGUGCUGCUCAAGUUCACCAGAAGCGGGUCAGCAGGAAUAGCCCCCGUGACCUACCUCGGAUCCAACCGCCUCAUCUGGGCCUUCUCUGCCUCGGGCAACGCUGCUAUCGGCUCUCACGGCUCCAAUAAGGGGUUCAAGACUGUCGAUCUGUCCUGUAAUGCAAUGUGCACAUAA